ACCUAUAAAACUAGCCCUGAGGUUUCCUUCUAGUUCACCACCAUCAUCAAUACCACCCUUGCAAGCUAGCUUUUAUCUUCUCAUUCAUUUCUCUUUUCUUUUCUGCAACGGUAAUGAUGAGCUAGGCAAAUGGGUAAGCAACAGAAACGAGUUUACUCUCUGCAAGCCAACAGAUCGGUGUGUUCUUCUGUGUUUGCAAGAAGAUAUGUGAAUUACUUAUUGCCAGCUCUGAAGAAGAACAAAGAAAACGAGGAGUGCUCUAACUCUGAUGUUCAUGAGUUGGAGAAAAUUAUUGGGUACCAAGUGAACAUGGCGAUGGUGCUGUCUGCAUCAACCCAACGCGAGUUUGCCUGGAUGCGCGCUUUGAAACAGAAUCUUGAAACGAACUGUGUCAAUGGUAAGAGAUUUUCGCUACCUCAUCCUCGUGUUUCGAAACCUUUGAGUUUUCUGCGAAACCCUAGAUGCAGUGCAAGUAAUAAUAAGAUGAAGAAUUACUGCUCCUCCAAUAUGAGUAAGAGAGUGAGACCGAAUUUCCGAGCAAGAACAACUUUAACUAUCAAGAAAAUUGAAAAGAAAGACGAAGAGGCAGAGAUGAUUAGCACGAAGAUGGUAUCACUAAGAAGGCUUUUACCUGGAGGGAGUGAGAUGGUUGACGAUGAAUUGCUCGAGGAAGUAGGAAGUUACGUCACUUGUCUCCAGCUCCAGGUGACUAUUCUUCGGCGUCUAGUGGGAUCGAUCGAGGACGUUGAUUAGUUAAUUACUUACUUUGUUAGCAUAAUCCCUUUUGUUUUUAAUUAAGUACUAUUGUUAUCUUUCAAUUUAAGGUAAUUAGCCGGUUAGGUGUGCAAAGUAUGCCCGGUUAUAUGUGUAUGUGUACAUUACUGUUUGAACAUGAAGACUAUAAUCGUGCUUAAGAAUACAAACUUAUCUACGUACAGCAGCAGCAGUGCUGUAUCACAAGUUGUACUUGGGAGCUAGCUAGGAUUUUGGUAUAUUAGUACGUCG